UGUCGUCAUUCGCUCAUACAAACAAACUAUUAACAGUUAGACGUACAGCCUGUGCCCCGAAGACAAUCAUGUGAAGAAAAAACGUUUUCUAAACUAACUGUGGGACAUUUAGCAUUUCUCGUCUCAUCGACGACAGCAACACAAUUGCUAGUAGAGUUAAGUUUCACCUUUGAGUGGGAAGAUAGUGAAGGAACAGUUGUGAUUGUAAGAUGAAUUUCUCUGAGGUCUUCAAGCAAUCCAACCAACUUUGUAAAGUUUCCCCAGAUGGGAAAUACUUGGCUACCUGUGUGCAAUACAGGCUGGUGGUGCGAGACAUGAGCACCCUACAGAUCUUGCAGCUUUACACCUGCCUGGACCAGAUAUCCCACAUGGACUGGUCGUCUGACUCUCUUUUUAUCCUCUGUGCUAUGUACAAGAGAGGACUGGUGCAGGUGUGGUCUCUCGAACAACCAGACUGGCACUGUAAGAUUGAUGAGGGCUCAAUAGGACUACUCUCCUCACGCUGGAGUCCAGAUGGACGUCACAUUCUGAACACCACCGAGUUCCACGUGAGAAUCACCAUAUGGUCCCUGUGCACCAAAGCUGUAUCUUACAUCAAGUAUCCCAAAGCAUGUCAGAAGGGUAUGGAUUUCAGCAGAGAUGGCUGCUAUAUGGCUUUGGCUGAACGCCGUGAUUGCAAAGACUAUGUUAGUGUAUUUGUAUGUGACGACUGGCAUUUACUCAGGCAUUUUGAGACUGAGACUCAGGACUUGGCAGGGUUGGAGUGGUCUCCUAAUGGCUGUGUGCUGGCAGUGUGGGAUAGCUGUCUGGAGUACAAGGUGGUACUGUAUUCUUUGGACGGCCGGUUACUGUCAACCUACAGUGCCUAUGAGUGGUCGCUGGGUGUCAAGUCUGUGACCUGGAGCCCCAGCAGCCAGUUCCUGGCCAUUGGCAGCUACGAUGAAAAAGUGCGCAUCCUCAAUCAUAUCACAUGGAAGAAAGUCACACAGUUUGAGCACCCAGCAGCCAUCAACAACACAAAAGCUGUUGUGUAUAAGGAAGUGGAGAGAAGGCCAGCUGUUGGCAGCGAUGACCUGUCUCUGCACAACAUCACAAUUGGCACCACCCUCUUCAAUACCCAAAGCAAAUAUGAGAUCUGCUCGCUGCCAGUUCAAAUUCCUGUGGUCAAACCAGACCCAGACCGUGCCAACCCCAAGAUUGGUGUCUCUACUUUGGCAUUCAGCUCAGACAGUCGUUAUCUGGCCACCAAAAACGACAACAUGGCCAGUGUUGUCUGGGUAUGGGACAUGCAGAAGAUGAGCCUGGAGGCUGUGCUUGAACAGACAUCAGCUGUGCGUUGCUUCCAGUGGGACCCCAGACGCCCCCGGCUGGCAUUGUGUACUGGCAACAGCAAACUCUAUUUGUGGUCCCCAGCGGGCUGCGUAUCUGUCCAGGUUCCAACUGAAGGUGGUUUCCAGGUGCAGUCACUAAACUGGCACUGCAGUGGGGACUCUCUGAUCCUGCUUGGAAAGGAGCAGCUUUGUUUGUGCUACAUGGAGACUGACCAGUAAAACACACAAACACACAAAAAGUGGGGAAUGUUUUAAGAUGAUGACCGAACGUCUGGUGGGAUGACUCCUCGAAAUCUCAAUUUACACAUGCUGAACUGUAGCUGCUCGUAGCUGAAGGCCCUCAGUGCAGGUUACUGGGAUGCUCCUUUUCUCGUCAAGUUGAAAACAUUUGAAACACUUGACAUGACAUUCCUCCUGAGAGAUGUUGAAUGAAUUUCUAAAUGCAUAUUGAAGCAUUAGUUUCAAGCACUGUGAGAUGAUAGAUGUUUACAGUUUUUAUACAUUUCACUACUCUUUUAGUUUUAAGUAUUUUGUAUGUGUUUUACCUUGAAAUUUUGAAAUGACUGUGAAUAAAUUUAGUUCAAAGUAAUGCAGCAUAAAGUGUAUUAAUUAAACUUUUUCAUGUAAAUCUUUCAUUUAUCAAAACAGUUUAUGUAACUACAUUAAAUAGUGUAUUUUCCCCACAGAUGAUUUUACCUCAAAUUUGGAAAUGCAGUUAACCACCCUGUAUUCCUAAAAUUAAUCUGAUCUCACAUGGGCACUAAGUGUGUUUUAGCAACAGUACAUUUGUAGCUUAUUGUCCCUCUUGAUGCUGCAAAAGGUUCCAACUGCUGACUGUUUGACUCCACAAAGCUUUAACAUUUGUGGUGAUGAAUCUCCUCAGUGGAACAAAGACACAUUUAAAACAAUGUACAGUGUGGUAUUCUUAAAGUGCUCUUAUCUUUAAACUGGAAAUAUGGCAUCAUUACUAUUAAGAUUUAAUGUUAUUACCUGCCAUGACCAAACCGAAAUGCCAGUAAGAAUUCCAGCAACAAACAGGCAGUACUAAAUACAUCAGGACCAUAUUAUAGGGCCAGAAGCCAGCAUUUGUCUGUA